AUGGCAUCGACCGGCAACGAAAAUGCCACCGUUCCCACUACAGCUGGGAGCAGCACGGACGCGCAGGUAGAAGACUUCGUCGAUGUGGUGAAUGACAUGGCAAACGGAUUAGCGUCCGUCAGAGAGACGAUAAAAUCACUACAACAGCAGCAUGCAGCGGCUCAACUAGAGACGAAAAAUGGCAUUUCGCUGCUAUCCCUCAAGCACCACAUGAUGCUGUCAUACAUUCAAUCGCUGGCACUGAUCUCUUCUCGACGAGCCGCUGGAGACUCGUUGACUGACAAGACACCGCCUGCAAUGCCGUUCGGUGCACCUGAGCGUACUGCGCGAGGAUCGGGAGCGGGUGAUCGUGUCGACUCAGUCAUCGAGGCCCGUGUUGUUCUUGAGAAGAUCAAGGUGCUUGAGGGGCGUAUGAAGUACCAGAUCGAGAAGCUGGUGCGCGUUGCGGAAGAAGCACCCUCUGCCUCAGUAAACGACCCUCUCGCGUUCCGACCCAACCCUCAAGCCCUCAUGGAUCAAGAAUCCGACUCAGAAGGAGAGGACGAAGGGCGCGAGCAGACUCGUGAGCGCAACGGGAUCUACCGUCCUCCCAAGCUCGCGCCCAUGCCCUACACCGAGCCUCGUGCGGAGAAGGACAAAUCCCGCCGCCUCCCCAUCCCAAAUGCUCUCUCCUCCCUCGCGCACCUUGAUCCAUCACAACCGUUCGUAGAGUCUAACUCUGGCCUUGGCGCGACCCCCGCGCUCAUGUCCACCCGUGCACGCGAGCUGCAACGCAUGACAGAGUUCGAGGAGGAGAACAUGAUGCGGUUAGUGAUGAAGAAAAAGGACGCACGGAAGCGGAAGGUGGACGAGGCGGAUAUCGCGCUGGGUGGGACGGGCGCUGCGUCGAGCAGGCGCGGGCGUGGUGGCGGAUUCAACGACGAGUUCAGUGAUAUUCUCAAGUCUGUUGGGCGCAGCCGCAGGAGCGCCGUUGGCGACGGGUAUGAGGAGUUGCGGGAGAGGGGCAAGAAGCAGAGCGCGCUUGUUCGCUCGAGAGCCCGGUCGGCGGACGUGGAUGAUGUGGGCGAUGAUGGGCCGAAGGCAAGGAAGAGGAGCCGGUUCGAGAAGGAGGUCAAGGCGUCAAAGAAGAGAAGUUCGGUGAAGCGCAAAUCGUAG